GCUGGUGCUGCCACACGGCUACCAGUGUAGCUUCAGACCUCGUCAAGGUAUCUGGUAAGCUGCUCUCUAUUUCACAAUGGCGACUCCUCAAUCUGAUCUCGACAAGAGGAAACAGAUUUCAGUACGAGGAAUAGCGCAAGUAGAGAACGUGUCAAAUGUGAAGAAGACAUUUAAUAGACAUCUUCAUUACACCUUGGUCAAGGAUCGCAAUGUCUCUACACCGCGAGACUACUACUUUGCACUUGCGCACACGGUGCGAGAUCAUCUCGUCUCACGUUGGAUCCGCACUCAGCAACACUACUAUGAGAAAGAUCCUAAGCGCGUGUACUACCUGUCCCUGGAGUACUACAUGGGUCGUUCACUCUCGAAUACAAUGAUCAACUUGGGCAUCCAGUCGGCGUGUGACGAGGCUCUCUACCAACUUGGUCUGGACAUAGAGGAGCUGGAAGAGCUGGAGGAGGAUGCUGGUCUUGGUAACGGUGGCUUGGGCCGACUGGCCGCUUGUUUCUUGGACUCCAUGGCUACUCUGGGCAUGGCUGCUUAUGGUUACGGCAUUCGCUACGAGUACGGCAUCUUCGCUCAAAAAAUUAGGAAUGGAGAACAGGUUGAGGAGCCUGAUGACUGGCUGCGGUACGGCAACCCGUGGGAGAAGGCGCGUCCCGAGUACAUGAUUCCUGUGAACUUCUACGGCCGAGUGGAAGACACACCUAAGGGCAAGAAAUGGGUCGAUGCGCAGACUGUGUUCGCAAUGCCGUAUGACAGCCCCAUUCCUGGCUACAAGAACAACGUCGUCAACACCAUGAGGCUAUGGUCUGCCAAGUCUCCUUGCAAUUUCAACUUGCAGUUUUUCAACGACGGUGACUACAUCCAGGCCGUGCUCGACCGUAACUUGUCCGAGAACAUUUCUCGCGUGCUCUACCCCAACGACAACUUCUUCGAGGGCAAGGAGCUGCGCCUCAAGCAAGAGUACUUCAUGUGCGCCGCAACGCUUCAGGACAUCAUUCGCCGCUACAAGUCCUCCAAGUUCGGCUCCAGCAACCCCAUCCGAACCUCUUUCGAUGCAUUCCCCGAAAAGGUUGCUAUCCAGCUGAACGACACCCAUCCUUCAAUGGCGAUCCCAGAACUGAUGCGCAUCUUCCUGGACUUGGAAGGACUAACGUGGGCUCAAGCUUGGAGCAUCUCUACGCGUGUGUUUGCUUACACUAACCACACGGUGCUGCCCGAGGCUCUCGAGCGCUGGUCUGUCUCCAUGCUCGAGCAUAUUUUGCCUCGUCAUCUCCAGAUCAUCUAUGAGAUCAACCAUCACCAUCUCCAGAAUGUGGCUAAGAAAUGGCCUGGUGACAUGGGUCGUAUGUCCCGACUGUCCCUCAUCGAGGAGCACGGCGACAAGCGCGUGAACAUGGCUCACCUGUGCAUCGUGGGGUCACACGCUGUCAACGGCGUAGCCGCCAUCCAUUCUGAGAUCAUCAAGCGUGACAUCUUCAGAGAUUUCUACGAGCUCUCCCCCGAGAAGUUCCAGAACAAGACUAAUGGAAUUACGCCCCGUCGCUGGUUGCUGCUGUGCAACCCUGCUCUCUCGGACGCAAUCGCCGAGAGGAUUGGCGAGGACUGGGUCGUUCAUCUCGAUGAACUUGCCAAGCUCAAAAACCUCACUAAGGAUGCUGCCUUUGUGAGGGCUGUGCAGACCGCCAAGCAAGAGAACAAGAUGCGUCUGGCUAAGCAACUCGAAGAAGAAUACAAGGUCAAAGUGAAUCCUUCCUCCAUGUUUGACAUUCAAGUCAAAAGAAUCCAUGAAUACAAGCGUCAGUUGCUGAACUGCAUGCACAUCAUUACUCAGUACAAUCGCAUCAAGGCCAACCCUGGCGGGUCGUUCGUGCCUCGCACGAUCAUGAUCGGCGGAAAGGCUGCUCCAGGCUACCACACCGCCAAGCAGAUUAUUCGUCUUAUCUGCGCCGUCGCCAACGUCGUCAACAACGACCCAAUCGUAGGCGAUCGUCUGAAGGUCAUCUACCUGGAGAAUUACCGCGUCACGCUUGCUGAACGCAUCAUCCCAGCUGCUGACUUGAGUGAGCAAAUCUCAACUGCUGGUACUGAAGCGUCCGGCACUGGCAACAUGAAGUUCAUGUUGAACGGCGCUCUCACCAUCGGAACCCUUGACGGUGCCAACAUCGAAAUGAUGGAGGAAAUGGGCCGCGAGAACAUCUUCAUCUUCGGCAUGACCGUCGAUGAAGUCGAGGCGCUCAAGUGCAGGGGCUACAAUGCCUGGGACUACUACAACUCGAACCCCGAACUGAGGCAGUGCGUUGACCAGAUCCAGAACGGCUUCUUCUCUCCUAACAACCCCGACCAGUUCAAGGAUCUCGUCAACAUAUUAAUGAACCAUGACCGCUUCUUCCUGUUCGCUGACUAUGACUCGUACAUCAAGUGUCAGGAUGAGGUGAACGAACUGUACCUCAAACCUAAUGAAUGGGCAGUCAAGUGCAUCAUGAACAUCGCGUCCUCUGGCAAGUUCUCGAGCGACAGAACCAUUGCUCAGUACGGCAGAGAAAUCUGGGGCAUCGAACCCUCAUGGGAGAAAUUGCCUGCUCCUCACGAGCCCAAGGAUGACGAGGCGAAGUAAAGCCUCUCUCUGGCGUUCAACGCUUGUCUUCAUCAAUUUACUGCCAGAAGAUAGCUAUUGUUAUAAAUUUUCUCAAUCUCUCGUCUUGACGUAAAAUAUUGUCUGGACAUUAAGAACAAGAUGCAGUGUUCAGCUGCUAAUUUUUGCGGCAAUGCUAAGGUAGUUCCAGGCUGCUUCGCUUUGUGCCCAUGUGUUGACCUCUCUUUUUAUCGCUAUUUCCAGGCAUGCUCGUUAUACACUUCUGAGAGGGAUUUUUGGAAUUCAUAUUUGAAGAUGAUAUUUAGAGCUGUGUAUAUUCAAACGUUGAGUGCAGAGUAUCGAGAUUUUUCAGUUUUAUUUUUCGUCCUAAGCCCUGCAACCAGAUGUUAGCGGUUCUAAUGUGAAAUGUUUUUUAAUCUCCUAGAAAGUUGAUACUUACUGUACAUUAAAUAUGAUCCUGUUGAGAUUUUUCAUUUUAAUUUACGUCAUGUUGGAUAGAUCACUAGUGGUUUGAGAAUUGUUGCUAAUGAGCAGGCCUGCGUGAGUUAAGUGCCAUAUUGUCAAUUGCACCUGUCGAAAUUGAGUUUAUUCUAGAUAAAAUUAUGAAGAAA